GUUUUCCCUUCCCUGAGAGCUCAGUUUGGAACAGAGAGAAGGAGACAGGGGAAGGGAGGAAGAGCACCGAGCCCCCAGCCCAGCAGCCCCCCAUACACUGACCCCCAUCUGCACUAGGGACCCCAGGAUAUAACCCCCACCCUCUGGAUUGCAAGGAGUCAGCGCCCCCCGGGAAUUGCAGCAGCGGAACCCACAGCGCCCGGUGCCGGGGAAAGAGAAUUUCUUUGCGCUUUCACUGCGUCUUGUCACGACUGUAAUCGCCUCCGGUUGGAUUGAGAGGAAUGAGACGAAAUCCUGCUCUGGGGGAGUAAAUUGCCGCAUCUGGGGGGGGAUUGUGUCUGUUACUGCCAGUUGGACUCGGCUGCCUGUUGCCCCCGCUUUGCCCCGUUGGCCGGGCACAUCGCUUUGUCUGGAUCGCAAAUGGUUUGGGAACUGGGAAUGCGUCCCAGUCUAUGAGGCACCCAGGUCCUAUUAACCGACUGGCACUUUGCAGCGAGGAAGAGGAGGGUAUAUUUGGCUCUACAGGUCCCCAGCCGACUCCUCCAUCGAGGUCUAGAAAGGCUCCCGCCCUGAAGGAUCUGCUUUUGGGGGGGCACAUCGGAUAAGGAACCUGCACCCCAGCUUUGGAUUCCAGUACCCAAGGAUCCUACCAGUUUAUUCCUGCCCUGCUUUGGAUUAACUUCCAUUCACUGGACCCCCCCCCCCCCAUCUCUUUCUUGGAUUAACCUGACACCCCUAUCAUUUGGAUUACAAAGCAAUUUUGCCCUGUUUGCACCAUGAUGAAGAAGCUUUUGGCAUUGCAGUUCAGAGGAGAAGGUUUGGGGGUCCCGGGCAGUGCAAUGGUCUCUCAGCACUUUGUGGCUCUGCUCAUCUCUCUCUGCUGCCUGACCCAGUCUGUGGUGGAGACCAGCUCUUGGUGGUCGUUAGCCAUGAACCCGGUGCAGAUCCCUGAGGUUUAUAUCAUUGGGGCUCAGCCGCUGUGCAGCCAGCUGUCGGGGCUAUCGCAGGGCCAGAAGAAGCUGUGCCAGCUGUACCAGGACCACAUGCAGUUCAUCGGGGAGGGCGCCAAGACUGGCAUCAAGGAGUGUCAGUACCAGUUCCGCCACCGGAGGUGGAAUUGCAGCACCGUGGAUAAUACGUCUGUGUUUGGGAGAGUCAUGCAGAUAGGUAGCAGGGAGACGGCCUUUACCUACGCCAUCAGCGCCGCAGGAGUAGUGAAUGCAGUGAGCCGAGCCUGCCGAGAGGGGGAGCUCUCUACAUGUGGCUGCAGUCGGGCCGCCCGACCCAAGGACCUACCCCGGGACUGGCUAUGGGGCGGCUGUGGGGACAACCUGGAUUAUGGCUACAGGUUUGCCAAGGAGUUUGUGGACGCCCGAGAAAGAGAGAAGAUUUACCAGAAAGGAUCCUAUGAGAGUUCCAGGCUUCUCAUGAACCUGCACAACAACGAGGCAGGAAGGAGGGCAGUAAGUACCUUGGCCGACGUUGCCUGCAAGUGCCACGGAGUAUCCGGUUCCUGUAGCCUAAAAACCUGCUGGCUUCAGCUGGCGGACUUCCGCAAGGUAGGGGAUCUAUUAAAGGAGAAGUACGACAGCGCGGCGGCCAUGAAGCUGAACACUCGAGGGAAGUUGGUGCAAGUCAACAACAAGUUCAACUCGCCCACGAUGAACGAUCUGAUUUACAUCGACCCCAGCCCGGAUUACUGUGUGCACAAUGAAAGCACCGGAUCCUUGGGGACCCAGGGCCGGCUGUGCAAUAAAACCUCGGAGGGGAUGGACGGCUGUGAGCUCAUGUGCUGUGGAAGGGGCUACGACCAGUUCAAAACGGUACAGACUGAGCGGUGUCACUGCAAGUUCCACUGGUGCUGCUACGUCAAAUGCAAAAAGUGCACCGAAGUCGUCGACCAGUUCGCGUGCAAGUAAAGCCCCCACGCACAGACCUUUAGGACCUAUAUCAAAUAUCGCCUUUUUUUUAUUUAUAGAGAUCACACGGGAGUUGCUUCUGGGUCCACUUACUCCUCGGUUUCAAACAACCUGCCUGGAAUAUAAAGAAACAAAGGGAAAAAUAAAUAAAAUGAACUGAGGAUAUUUAUUUACAGAGAUAAAGACUUUUAACGCUAAUUGGAGAGACUUGGGGCAAAUUGCGUGGCCGUAGGGUGGAAAGACAAAACUGGAGGUUGGAGUUAUCCAGGAGGUCACGUGGACUUUUGGUGUUCUCUUCGCAGUGAUCUGAAAAGCACGUUGGUUCCAUUCUGUCUAUAAAUCAUGACACAUAGCUUUCUAUUUUCUGGUUACGUAGUGACGUCAUCCUAAAAGCUUAUACCCUGUGAAAAGAGAUACCCCCCCCCUCCUUACUGCAUUCUAAUGGUAAGGAAUAUUGGCAUCAGGUCUUAGAUGUCCGCUAGGAGACAUCUCUGAUGAUUGAGAAAGGGCUAAAGGCAUUUAUGGAAAUCGGAGCUUAAUUGGUCAUGGGGUAACGGUCGGACCAUUUUCGGUGGUGGUAACUCAGUCCGUGUUCUCGUGGGAUUGGACAGAAAGAGAGAAUUAAGCUCCCUGCUUGGCAUAAAGAUGUCAUUAUUUUCCAUACUAACGUCUGAGGGGCUCAUAAGCCUUUACUACAAGUUGGGGGGAUUCUCCGAUCCUAAGCAGUAUAGAUUGCAAUUCUAUGAUAUAUUUAUAGGGCACUCGGUAAAAAUCAGGGGCUCUUCUGAUCCCUAUGAGUACUGGAUAAAGUUCUGUAAGUCAUUUUUGGGAGGUACAUAGACCUUUAGUUCAAGGGGGGGGGGCUCCCCUAAUCCUAAGUAUUAUAGCUUGAAACUCUGUAAUUGAUUUUUAGGGGGCUCAUAGACCAUCAGUCCAAAUUGGGGGCUCCUCUGAGACCCAGGAAGCAUAGGUUUCAUGGACCAUCAUUAAAAAGUAGGGGCUCUUCUGAUCCCAAGAGUUCUGUAACUCAUUUUUGUGAGGUGCAUAGACCUUUAGUCCAAUCUGGGGGCUCCCCUGAACCCAAGUAUUAUAGAGUGAAACUCUGUAAUUGACUUUUAGGGGGCUCAUAGAUGAUCAGUCCAAGUUGGGGGCUCUUCUGAUGCCAAGGAGUAUUGAUUAAAGUUCUUAAAUUUAUUUUUGGGAGGCACAUAGAACUUUGGUCCAAGGUGGGGGCUUCCCUGAUCCUAAGUAUUAUAGAUUGAAACUCUGUAAUUGAUUUUUAGGGGGCUCAUAGACCAUCACUCCAUGUUGGGGGCUACUCUGAGACCAAGGAGCAUAGGUUUUUGAAAAGUUCAUGGACCAUCAUUAAAAAGUGGGGGCUCUUCUGAUCCCAAGUAUAGAUUAAAGUUCUGAAAUUUAUUUUUGGGAGGUACAUAGACCUCCUGUCCAAGUUGGGGGCUCCCAUGAUCCUAAGUAUUCUAGAAUGAAAUUAUUUAAUUGGUUUUUAUGGGGUUAAUAGACCAUUAGUCCAAGUUGGGGGCAUCUCUGAGACCAAGGAGCAUAGGUUUAAGUUAUUUUAUUAAUUUUUGGAGAGUUCAUGGACCAUAAGUAAAAAGUGGGGGCUCUUCUGAUCCAAAUGAGUAUAGAUUAAAGUUCUGUAAUUUAUUUUUGGGAGGUACGUAGACCUUUAGUUCAAUUUGUGGGCUCCCCUGAACCUAAGUUGGGGGCUCCUUUGAGACCAAGGAGCAUAGGUUUAAGUUCUAUUAUUCAUUUUUGGAGAGUUCAUGGACCAUCAGUAAAAAGUGGGGGCUCUUCUGAUCCCAAUGAGUAUAGAUUAAAGUUCUGUAAUUUAUUUUUGGAAGGUACAUAGACCUUUGGUCCAAGUUGGAGACUCCCUUGAUCCUAUUAUAGAUUGAAAUUCUGUAAUUGGUUUUUAGGGGGCUCAUAGACCAUCAGUCCAAGUUGGGGGCUCUUCUGAUCCCAAGGACUAUAGAUUAAAGUUCUCUAAUUCAUUUUUGGGAGGCACAUAAACCAUUAGUCCAAGUUGGGGGCUCAUCUAAGACCAAGGAGCAUAGGUUUGAGAUCUGUUAUUAAUUUUUGGAGAGUUCAUGGGCCAUCAAAAAAAAAUGGGGGCUCUUCUGAUCCCAAGAAAUAUAGAUUAAAGUUCUGUAAUUUAUUUUUGGGAGUUACAUAGACCUUUGGUCCAAGCUGGAGGCUCCCUUGAUCCUAUUAUAGAUUGAAAUUCUGUAAUUGGUUUUUAGGGGGUUUAUAGACCCUCAGUCAAAGUUGGGGGCUCCUCUGAGACCAAGAAGCAUAGGUUUAAGUUCUAUUAUUCAUUUUUGAGAGUUCAUGGACCAUCAGUAAAAACGGGGGCUCUUCUGAAUUGCUUUUAGGAGGCUCAUACACCAUCAAUACAAGUUGGGGGCUCCCCUAAUCCCCAGGAUUAUAAAUUGAAUUCUGUAAUGUUUAGGGAAGUUCCCAGACUUUCAAUACAAGUUGGGGGGCUCCUAUGAUCCAAAAACUUACAGAUUAAACGUCUAUAAUUCCUGUAGAACUUUAUUUCCCAAAAGUCCACUAAUUUGCACACUGUUUUCGGGCAAAAUAUACUGAUUUUAUUCUGACGACGGGACAAGCUUGGAAGGACACGUUUCUCUUUAUUCUAAAUCCAUCUGAACGAUACAGAGCGGGAAAAAAAAAUCACAUAUUUUACAUAUUAUUCAAAAAUACCUAAAAUACAUGGAGGUCACAUUUAUGGGAUAUCGUGGUCUGCUGUUUUCUAUUUCAAAGCUUUUCUGUUUUUUUUGUGACAAUAUGUAUAUAAAUAUAUAUAUAUAUUCUUUAAUACUGCCAGUAAUUAAAUGUAUUUAUUUACACAUAUACUUAGGGGAAUUUUUUUUUUUUUUUUUCACAUAUAGACAUUUUUAGGAUUUUUAUUUUAAAAAAUCCUUUUUGACAUUUUAUGAAUUUUUUUUUUUUUUUAGAAUUUCUUAUUCAUUUGGUGUCAGGUUUUCUUGGGGUUCUUUAUAAGUAAUUUAAAGCACAUAGUCAUGGUCAAGGUACUAAGGUUUCACACGCUACGAUAUAAUGCACUUGAAACAAUUCUUUUCAUCCCCUGUUUCCGUACAAAAAGGGCAUUAUUUAAAAAAAAAAACAAAAACAAAAAAUUUAAAUUAAAGUCCAAACUGAAUUCCCUCCCCCCAAAAAUGACCCUAAAAAAAUACAAGGAAAAAUCAAAAAUCAAUUUUUUCCAUCCCUUUAUGAAGAAUGAUGAUUACACCGCCGUACUUGCCUUCAUGCCACAACAAAUAUUUAUAUUUUAGCAGAAUUUUUUUUUUUUUUUUUUUUAAAAAGAGAUUUAAUUUUUACCAAUCCAGACUAUACAUUGGAAUUAUUUAAUGUAAAAUAUUUUACUUGUCAUCAAGAAAUGUAAAUCUAUGUUCUUCUCUUUGUAUCUUGUACAUGUAAUGUACAUAUUGUGUCGCCCUAAUUUGAUUUGUAUAUUUUUACUGGCUUUAAAAAAAAAAAAAAAAAAUGCCGCCGAGAGGUACGUGGCCGACGCCAUCGUUGAAAGAUAGACUAUAAAAUAAUAAAAAAAAAAAAAAUUAUUACUGUAAA